GCAAUGGAUCACUCUGAUAUUCUUCUGGUUUACUUUGCCGUGGUCGUGUGCUCAAGCUCUGUCGCUGUGUUGGCUCUGCAAUGUCCGAGUUGCCACCGGGUGCAGAAUGUGAACCAGUGUCGGAUACGAACAGAGAACUGCAGCAUCUACCAAGAAGUGUGUAUCGGGGUUUUGAAUGAAUGGCACGUGACCAUGGGCUGUGGCACCAUAAAGAGAUGCGAUUAUGAUGACCUACAAGACACGACUGACUGUAGAGGGACACACCCAUUUGGACCCAGGGACAGGUGCACGGUGUGCUGUACUGGGGACAUCUGCCAGUCCAGGAUGACACACAUACAACACGGGUUAGAUACGGUGCCUGGUGUGAUCCAUUGCCCAGUUUGUGAUAACGAACACGACCCUCAAAGAUGCUUGGACAAUAUCAUACCCUGUGAAUCUCACCACAAAACAUGUGAAAUUAAGAACGCUGAUGGGAAAUGGUCAGCUACAUGUUCCCACAACUCGUCGUGCAUCCAUCCACCCAAUCUGUAUCCAACAGACUGCACUCAAGACAAAGGGCACAAAGAGUGUGUAUAUUGUUGCAACGAUCAGACUUGUCUUGACUAUGCAUUUGGCAUAAAGCAACUCCCUACAACUUCACCGACAAGCACCAGCGUCGCAGGUACUUCAGCAACGUUGACGUUUGCUCCACCGUCCUCAUGCCGUGACCAGUCUCUGUUCCCUUGUCACAGAGCUGUUGGAGCGGCUUGUUCAGACCCUGACAUAUCCGUUGAAUUCUGUCCGCUGUCGUGCGGUAUUUGUAAAGUCCAGCAUGUGAUUGACUUCAACAUCUGGAGAGCAUAG